AUGCGCUCGGCAUUGUCGCUGUCCCUGGCGGCACUGGGCCUAUUGGGAUCGGCGAGCGCCUUUCCCCAUCCCCAGCCUGAGACGGAGGCUGUUUUAAGUGCGCGCGCUGGGAGCCAAGGGAAGGCUAACGCCGUGAAGGAGGCUUUUCAACAUGCGUGGGAUGGUUACAUGAAAUAUGCUUUCCCUCACGAUGAGUUACACCCCGUCUCCAACGGACAUGGGGAUUCACGGAACGGAUGGGGCGCAUCAGCGGUCGACGCGCUUUCGACCGCUAUCAUCAUGGGCAAUGCAGAUGCAGUCAACACCAUCCUCGACCACAUUGCCAAGAUCGACUAUACUCAAACUAAUGACCAAGUCAGCUUGUUCGAGACCACGAUUCGCUACUUGGCUGGUAUGCUGUCUGGCUAUGAUUUGCUAAACGGGCCAGCUUCCGGUCUGGUCUCAGACCAGAGCAAGGUGGACACUUUGCUGACCCAGUCUAAGAACCUGGCCGAGGUGUUGAAGUUUGCGUUUGACACCCCAUCCGGAGUGCCGUACAAUAACCUCAAUAUCACUUCGAAAGGAAACGACGGUGCCACGACCAAUGGCCUCGCCGUGACGGGAACUCUGGUGCUGGAGUGGACUCGUUUGUCCGACUUGACCGGCAACGACGAGUAUGCCAAUCUCAGCCAAAAGGCAGAGUCGUAUCUCUUGAACCCGCAGCCUUCGAGCGCAGAGCCCUUCCCCGGCUUGGUGGGAAGCUCCAUCAGUAUUCAAGACGGUAAAUUCACCGAUAGCGUGGUCUCCUGGAACGGAGGCGAUGAUUCAUUCUACGAGUAUCUGAUCAAAGCGUACGUGUAUGACCCCACUCGCUUUGCGACCUACAAGGAUCGCUGGGUCCUUGCAGCGGAAUCCACUAUCAAGAAUCUCGCGUCGCACCCGAAGCCCCGCCCCGAGUUGACAUUCCUGUCUUCGUACAACAACGGAAAUUAUGACCUGAGCUCCCAGCACUUGACCUGCUUUGAUGGAGGCAGCUUCCUUCUGGGUGGUACUGUGCUUGGCCGACAGGAUUUCAUUGACUUUGGUCUUGAUCUUGUCCACGGUUGCGAGGCUACCUACAAUGAGACGCUCACAAAGAUCGGUCCCGAUUCCUUCGGAUGGGAUCCGUCUAAGGUGCCAAGUGACCAGCAGGAUUUUUACGAGAAGGCCGGCUUCUACAUCAACAGCGGGUACUACGUCCUCCGUCCGGAGGUGAUCGAAAGCUUCUAUUAUGCGUACCGUGUCACGGGUGCUGAAAUCUACCGCAACUGGGUUUGGAACGCUUUUGUUGCCAUCAAUGCCACCACUCGCACCGACUCCGGCUUUGCCGGCAUCACCAAUGUGAAUGCUCCUAACGGUGGCUCCAAGGACGACAACCAGGAGAGCUUCCUUUUUGCCGAAGUUCUGAAGUACAGUUACAUGGUUCAUGCUGAAGAUGCGGAAUGGCAAGUUCAGAAGGGUGACAAGAACACGUUCGUUUUCAACACCGAGGCCCACCCCUUCAGUGUCAAGCAUACCUAA